GGUCGGUGAUUUGUUAAAUUGUAUUUUAUGCAAUAAAAAAUCAAAAACAGUACUGUACAAGGAUAUUAAAAUUCAUCAACAUGGAACGAUAUAUUUUCAGUAUUUUCAUGCUGUAUUUAAAGAUCGCUAGAGUUGACUGCUACAGGAAUACCUUAGGACGGUUUUAUACAGGCAAAGUGAACGUGACAAUCUCUGGUCGAAUUUGCCAGCCCUGGGGUUCACAGGUUCCACAUAAUCAUAAGUUUGGCUGGCUUUAUACUGAGGAGAACUAUUGUCGUAAUCCGGACGACGAAUCAGUGGGCCCGUGGUGCUACACUAUGGACAAAGAGAAGCGGUGGGAAAGCUGUGGCAUUCAAUUAUGCAGUGAUAAAUUCGAUCCUUGCUCCUCAAUGCCAUGUCAAAAUGGUGGAGAAUGCAAAAGUAACAAAACAAGAACAUACACCUGCGCAUGUCGACAAGGCUGGACUGGGGAAACCUGCAAAGAAAGAGUUCCUUGGUCAUCCUGUAAUUCCUCGCCUUGUAAAAAUGGCGGGACGUGUAUUGAGAGCGAGGACAGCUAUACCUGUCAAUGUUCUUCGGGAUAUAUUGGUCAUAUGUGUGAAGUAAACUUGAAAACUGAUCUCUGUGAUGUUUCAAAUUUUUGGAAUCACUAUGGAACUCGUUGCUAUAAGGUUUUUGAUACCAGUCUAUCUUGGGAAGAUGCUGUGUAAGUUUUUAUUCGAUUUC